AUGAGUAUGAGUUCAUAUACCGAGAGCAGCUCGGAGGAGGAUGAUCUGUCACCGCGAGACAAGGUUCAGCAAAAUUCCAAGGGCUAUGCCGACUUCUGCGUGCGCAACAUCAAGCAGCAUUCGUUCGGUCGGCAUGAGAUCGAGAUCGCCGAGCAGGAGAUGCCCGGUAUUAUGGCACUGCGCAAGCAGGCUCUCGACGACAAACCGCUCAAGGGUGCGAACAUCGUUGGUUGCACGCACGUUAACGCGCAAACGGCUGUGCUGAUAGAGACGCUGAUCUGCCUCGGUGCGAACGUUAGAUGGGCAGCCUGCAACAUCUACUCAACGCAGAAUGAGGUCGCGGCAGCACUGGCAGAAAGUGGAGUUCCCAUUUUCGCCUGGCGUGGCGAAAUCGAGGAAGAUUUCUGGUGGUGUAUCGAUAAGUGUGUACACGCCGAAAACUGGCAGCCCAACAUGAUACUGGACGAUGGUGGCGAUGCAACGCACCUGAUGCUGAAGAAGUACCCGGUUAUGUUCAAGAUGAUCAAGGGCAUUGUCGAUGAGAGCGUGACGGGGGUGCACCGGCUGUACCAGCUGUCGAAGACAAGCAAGCUAACCGUGCCGGCUAUGAACGUAAAGGAUGCGAUCACGAAGACCAAAUUUGACAGCCUGUACAGCUGCAAGGAAUCGGUUAUUGACAGCUUGAAGCGUGCCACGGACAUUAUGAUUGGCGGUAAGCAGAUUGUGCUGUGCGGGUACGGUGAGGUAGGCAAGGGUUGCGCCCAAGCCUUGAAGGGACUCGGAUGCAUCGUAUACGUGACGGAGAUCGACCCGAUCUGCGCACUGCAAGCCUGCAUGGACGGUUUCCGUGUGGUAAAGCUGAACGAGGUGAUCCGCACGGUGGACGUGGUGAUCACGUGCACAGGCAACAAGAACGUGGUAACGCGCGAACAUAUGGACAAGAUGAAGAACGGCUGCAUCGUCUGCAACAUGGGCCACUCGAACACCGAAAUCGACGUGAACAGCCUGCGCACAUCCGAGCUACAAUGGGAAAAGAUGCGCUCCCAGGUCGAUCACAUCAUCUGGCCCGGUCCGGACGGCAAGCGUAUCAUUCUGCUUGCGGAAGGCCGGUUGGUGAAUCUGUCCUGCUCGAGCAUUUCGUCUUUCGUAGCCUCUAUCUCGGCCACUACGCAGGCACUGGCGCUGAUCGAGCUGUUCAAUGCACCGCCUGGUCGCUACAAGGCGGACGUGUAUUUGCUGCCGAAAAAAAUGGACGAAUACGUCGCCAGUCUGCAUCUUCAGACGCUCGAUGCACAUCUAACGGAAUUGACCGACGAGCAGGCACGGUACAUGGGCCUCAACAAAGCCGGUCCGUUCAAGCCGAACUACUACAGGUAUUAG